AUGCCAAACAGAAACGUUACUCGAAUAUAUCAACAGAAUCAUUUGAUUCUUUUUGAUAACGAUUCAAGUAAAAAUCAAUUUUGGGGGUCUAACAAGAAUUUGUAUUCUCAAAUAAUAUCAGAGGGUUUUGCCAUUGUCAUGGAAAUUCCAUUUUCCCGACAAUUAAGUUCUUCUUUAGAGGAGGCGGAAAUCAUAAAAUCUUUUAAUAAUUUGCAGUCAAUUCAUUCCAUUUUUUCCUUUUUCGAGGAUAAAUUUACAUAUUUAAAAUUUUUUUCCGAUGUACGAAUACCCUAUCCUAUCCAUCUGGAAAUCUUAGUUCAAACUCUUCGAUACUGGGUGAAAGAUCCACCCCUUUUUCAUUUAUUAAGAUUGUUUCUUUAUGAGUAUUGUAAUUGGAAUAGUCUUAUUACUCAAAAAAAACUUAUUUUGACUUUUUCAAAAAGUAAUCCAAGAUUUUUCUUGUUUCUAUAUAAUUUUUAUGUAUGUGAACACGAAUCCAUCUUCCUUUUUUUACGUAAAAAAUCCUCUUUUUUACGAUUAAACUCUUUUAGCGUUCUUUUUGAGCGAAUCUAUUUCUAUACAAAAAUAGAGCAUCUUGUAGAAGUUUUUUCGAAUAAUUUUUCGUCUACCUUAUCAUUCUUCAAGGAUCCUUUGAUUCAUUAUGUUAGAUAUCAAGGAAAAUCCAUUCUGGCUUCAAAGAAUGCGCCUUUUUUGAUGAAUAAAUGGAGAUACUAUCUCAUUUAUUUCUGGCAAUGUUAUUUUGAUAUUUGGUCUCAACCCCGAAUGAUCCAUAUAAAGGAAUUAUUUGAGAAUUCAUUUCAUUUUUUUUUGGGGGGCUAUCUUUCAAAUGUACGGCUAAACUUUUCAGUGGUACGGAGUCAAAUGCUAGAAAAUUCAUUUCUAAUAGAAAUUGUUAUGAAAAAACUUGAUACAAUAGUCCCAAUUAUUCCCUUAAUUAGAUCUUUAGCUAAAGCGAAAUUUUGUAAUAUAUUAGGACAUCCCAUUAGUAAGCCCGUUUGGGCCGAUUCAUCUGAUUUUGAUAUAAUUGACCGGUAUUUGCGGAUAUGCAGAAAUCUUUCUCAUUAUUAUAAUGGAUCCUCAAAAAAAAGUUUGUAUCGAAUAAAAUAUAUAAUUCGGCUUUCUUGUAUUAAAACUUUGGCUCGUAAACACAAGAGGACUUUACGCGCUUUUUUGAAAAGAUUAGAUUCAGAAGAAUUAUUAAAUAAAUUGUUUACAGAGGAAGAAGAGAUUCUUUCUUUGAUCUUUCCAAGAUCUUCGUCUACUUUGCGGAGGUUAUAUAGAAGUCGGAUUUGGGAUUUGGAUAUUCUUUUCAGUAACUAUCCAAUCAAUGUAAAUUGAUAAAUCAAAAUCAUCCUUACCUAAAAUUUGGAUAAAAAAUGCAUUUCUUUUUGAUUUCGAAUAGUAUUCUCUAUAGGAUUCUGAAAUGUUUAUGUAAUGUAGUAAGAGGGGGAUUUGAGAUUCAUCAACACUGAGUAUUUGACUUUUGGAGAGUAUUGUUCUGGAUAAGUAACUCAGGUUUAGAUGUAUACAUAGGGAAAGCCGUGUGCAAUGAAAAAUGCAAGCACGGCUUGGGGAGAGA